CCUGUUCAUUAUUUAAAAAAUCGUGUGGGCUUUCUUUGCUUUCAUUUCUUUCACUGUUUGUAUUUGAUUUGGCGUUGAACACGGUUACAGUGUAUAAUUUGCCGUCGGGAUUUUUUCUGUAGUUUUAAUAACACUUAAAUAAUCCUCAUUUGGAAAUAACUCUGGUAAAAUGUUUGUGUUAAGACACCAAUUUAUUCUACUGAUUACUACGUUCAGAACGAUAACAGCUCAAGACGAGCCGCCGUGCUUAUCAAGAUACGAUUAUGACAUCAAGCUGAUGAGACAAAUUGUUAAGAUAGAGGAAACGCAGGCGCACUUGCUGACACUUAUUGAGGAGCAAACAGAAACCAUCGAACGGAACCGGGAGGCUAUAGCAAACCUUGAACAUAAAGGAGGUACUUUACACACCACAUAUACUCGAUGGGGAAGAAUGUCGUGUUCUCCAACUGCGAAACUUGUUUACAAUGGAUACGCAGCUGGAAAAAAAUACAGCGAUUCCGGAAGCGGAAGUGAUACACAAUGUCUUCCGAGAAAUCCUCAGUGGUCUAAUUACACCGACGGACUGGACGUUGCCAGAGCAAGAAUAUACGGUGCAGAGACUGAAAUCACUGAACCAAACAAUGUAUUUCCUUAUGCAGUUGAUAAGCGAGAUCUUCCCUGUGUGGUGUGCGAAGUGCCCAGGUCGACAGUGAUGAUGAUCCCUGCAAGAAAUGAAUGCUUCGAAGGAUGGACAAGGGAAUACCAUGGAUAUUUAAUGGCGGAUAAGAGUAUACAUUCCUCUCCUCAUACCCACGUCUGUAUGGAUUUUGAGCCAGAGUUCAUUCCAUAUGGUGCCGCAAACAGCGAUGAACACCUGUUUUAUUUGGUAGAGGCGGUUUGUGGGUCGCUUCCCUGUCCUCCAUAUGUAAACGGCAGGGAAUUGGCGUGCACAGUGUGUUCAAAAUAACGCGACCGUAGUUAAUGUGAGUGUAUCCAACUUGGUUAAUGUAUUAUUGAUGAAAACUCAAGAAUAAAUCUUCAUCUUAAAA